GCGGGGUCGAGUGAAUGCGAAACUAAACGUUCACAUCAGGAAAGUAAUUCCAGGAAACUAAUGAAAAUAAAAUCAAGAGAGAGAGUUUCCGAGUAUUGGGGUUGGUGCAAAAUUCAGAGAAGCCGGACGUUUUGCAUUCAAUACGGGAGCUUGUGCGAAACAGAUCAAAACGAGUAAGAUAAACAAGUUACUGAUCCUGUUUCCAUUCGCUUUCUCAGUCCGUCUGAUUAUCCUGAGCGCUGAAUGAGACAACACGAUCUUGUCACCACAAGACUGUCGAACACUGGGUAAAAGUGGAUCAACUGAAACCUUUCGGUUCGCGGGGAGUGUAUUGCGUCCGAGCCAAGAAGACUUCCGUAUUUCUAAGGGAGCCCUGGCAUUGAAGGUGGUGCGCAUCAGCGAGAGAGAGAGAGAUAACGACAUUUUAUGGGCGCUAGUAUUUUAAACAUUUAUUUCAUAGUCCGUCUGAUUAUUCUGAGCGCUGAAUGAGACAACACGAUCUUGUCACCACAAGACUGUCGAACACUGGGUGAGAGUAGAUCAACUGAAACCUCGGGGUUCGCGGGGAGAGUGUUGUGGCCGAGCCGUGAAGCCUUUCGCUUUCCAAAGGGCGUCCUGGACUUGAAGGUGGUGAUAGCAACAAAAGUACAAAACGAGACCUGAGCCCCCAACAACUCUGCACCUUUGGUGUUGGGAUUACUGGAUUGUCACACGGGCCAGGCUGCAAGAAACAGCUGUCAAGUAUGGAAGGAGAAAGUUCCAGACAACCAGGCACUCUGUCUGAGAAAGCCACACCUUUCACAAUGGAACAACUCAGCAAACUGAAAUCCUACUUUGAAGAAGGUGGGGUGGAAAAAGCUACCAUUCUGAUACAACAGACACUAGAGGAACUGGAUAAAAUAGAGCUUAACAUUGCAGUGACAGGAGAAACAGGUGCAGGAAAAUCCACCUUCAUCAAUGCCAUGAGAGGACUUCGGAGCAAUGAUGAAGGAGCUGCUGAAGCUGAUGUUGUGGAAGGUACAAUGGAGCCAACUGUGUACCCACAUCCCAAUGAUUCCAACGUCCGCUACUGGGACCUGCCAGGGAUCGGAUCCCCAAAAUUUCUAGCUGGUGAAUAUCUCAAGAAAGUGAAAUUUGAAAGAUUCGAUUUCUUCAUCAUAAUAUCAGCUUGUCGUUUCAAAGAAAAUGAUGCAAAACUUGCUAAAGAGAUUAAACAGCUUGGGAAAAAUUUCUACUUCGUCCGCACCAAGAUUGAUCAAGAUGUUUAUUCAAUGAGUAAGUGCGGAGGAAAUAAAAUUAAUGAGCAAAAAAAGCUGGAUUAUAUUUGGAGUAACUGCGUCAAUAAUUUGAAGAAAGUGGGGAUUCGGACCCCGACUGUGUUCCUGAUAUCCAGUUUUGAACAGAAUCUGUAUGAUUUCAAUCGGUUAAAUAAAAGACUUGCAGAUGAUCUGCCGUAUAUAAAGAAAAUCGUCUUUGUCCUGGCCUAUGCAAACCGAAGUGUGGAGAUUGUUCAGCAGAAAAGCAAGAUGCUACAGGAACGUAUCUGGAUGUCAGCAACAAUUUCAGGAGGUGUAGGAGCAGUCCCUGUUCCUGGUCUCUCCCUUGCUUGUGACAUCACCAUUCUGAUUCGGGAAAUAAUCUAUUUCCGUAAAUGUCUGUGUCUGGAUGAAGCUUCUCUUCAAAGACUGGCCAACAUCACGGAAAAACCUGUGCAAGAGCUUAAGGCCAUAGUUAACCCUCUUCUGCUGGGGAAAAUAGAUAAAAAUAUAAUUGUGAGGUUAGGUUGGGGUGCUACAGUUGUUGCCAUUUCAGCUUUGGAAUUUGGUCUUGGCUUCAUCCCUGUCAUUGGUUCCAUUUUUGGAGCAGGAUCAUCAUUUCUCAUGACCUACAUAAUGCUGACCAAUGCACUGAAGGACCUUACAGAGAGCGCAGAGAGGGUGGUGAAGGUAGCAUAUGGCAUUGAUUAACUGGUCAGCACCAACAUCAACCCAGUGAGUUAAUGUUAUACUGCAGUAAAAAUAUUCAAUCGGCCUGUCACUGAACCCUGCAGAAAUUCUACAUGACAACUUUCUCCUUUGUUGCUUUCCUUCUGAAAUAUUUCUUAUCCAUUUCUGAGGACACACUUAUGCCUGACCGAGGGAGUGCCAAUCCGUUAAGGAGAUGAAACAGGAGGACAUAGAUGACAUAUGAUUCUAAUUCGAAGAAGAUUCAAGAAGUUACCUCCAGGUGUCUGAAGGAUGCUCACCCGUCAAUCAAUAGCUCUGGGGCAGACUGUUUGGUCAUUAUAUGGUCACAGUGUAUGCAAUAUUGCUGUGUAUAAACUAGUGGCUGUGUUUUCCCUUCAAUAUCUAUAAAGAUCUGAUUGUGAUAUCAUAAAUAGGGCAAUGGAAAGGCAUUUCAAGAAAUUGGAGUAUCAAAUGAAACAGCAGCCAGAGACACAACUGAGUUGCAGUCAGAAAUGAAAGAGAGCUGGAACAAAAUCUCAGUGUCUAAAGAGAAAAGAGCCUGACCAAUCGGAUUUUGUUACCGUUGUGGCAGGGGCUCACAUACACCAGACCAUUGCAGGUUUAAAGGUGAAACUUGCAGAAAAUGCAACAACAUAGGUCACAAAGCGUGUGCGGCAGAUGACAAAAAUAAAUAGCAGUGUUCAAGCAUGGCAUUGGAAAACUCAGACUUAUCAACAGUAAAUUAGUGUUAACUGAAAAUUCCACACACAAAUUUUACAAAGCUCAUCUGGUUCCUUCUACCAUCGGUGAUAAAGUAGCCAGUGAGCUAGAUCAGCUGGAGGCUGAAUAAUUAUUUUCAAGGUUGUGUGGAGCCCAUCGGCAAUAGUUGUGUUCCCAAUGGACACUGGUGUCCAUUUUCAAACCUCAGAAGGAUAUUCCACUAACUUCAGCAGCACAAAUGCAAAGAUGGCUGUCAUUCUUGAAGGACACAAUUACAAGUUUGAAUUUAAGUGCAUGAUAAGUCAUGAAAAUGCUGAUGGAUUGUCUCGGCUCGGAGCAUUUCACUGCAGCGGUGCCUGGGUCCUAGUGCGAGGUAUUAUGUAAUGUUUGGACAAUUUAAACAAAGGCCCAGAUAUACUGGAAGGACAGGGUGUCGGGAUUGAAGGUGAGAGCCAAUAUCACUCACUCUCCUGUGAUGCCCACUCCUCUCCAUGGUGCUGAGGCUAUGAAGACUGCCCCGGUGCUGUGCUCUGUACUCGCAAAUAUAAUGAACUGAUACCGAGGCUUUGGGCCUACUCCAAGCUGCUCUGGGGUUUGGAGUGAAGGACUCACUUUGGUUCAAAACGCUGUUGCUCACUUCUUUUGUUUUCACGUUUUGUGUUUUUUUUCUCCCUCUCUCUGCGCAUCAGGUGUUCGUCUUUAUUUCAUUUUCUUAUCAUUGGGUUCUUUUUGGUUUCUUGCUUUCCGGUUACCUGUAAGAAAACAAAUCUCAAGAUUGCAUGAUUCAUACAUUCCUUGAUAAUAAAUGUACUUUGAAACUUGAAUCAGAAACUCACCAAUUUCCUCCUUGUAUGUCGUAAAGCAACACACUCCACAACCGACAACUCAUCGGCUAUGCUGUGGAUGUCUAUGUAACAGAUGGGUUAUGUUGUAAGAGGCAUGUGUGUGUAUGUAUUUGAGUAAUAUUGCAAAUAUAUUGUUUGAUUAGUGAUAGA